AACAAAGCAAACCCAUUAGUUCUUUUUCUUUCAAUCCUUAAAACAAAACCGUUAAGACAGCAAAACCCAUUUCUUGAUAGAUUUCAGCUAUCCAUUCUCUUCAUCCCUUUUCUCCUCUCUCUCUCUCUCUCUCUCUCCAAAUCAUGGGUUUAGUACUUAAUUAUCUAUCUGAAGCACUCCUUUUAUAGUUUCAUUUAUAGAGAGAAAGAGGAGGAAGGAAGAGAAUAUGGAAGGUGAAUCCAUCUCUGAGCUUCUUUGUCAAGAAAGCGAGACUUGUCUUGCAGAAGAAGUGGUGGAUGAGGAUACAUUCAUUGACAUGACAAAAAGUUGUGGUGAUUUUGGUGAAGAAGAAAAUGGGUAUCUGAAAAUGUUGGUUGAGAGAGAAAUCAAUUUUGGGUGCAAAAGGGAUCAAUCUGUGAGUUUUGAUAACUGGGUCAAAUGUGCUCGCUUGGAAGCCAUCGCAUGGAUCCUCAAAACUAGAGCAAUCUUUGGUUUCCGCUUCCAAACAGCUUAUUUGUCCAUUACAUACUUCGAUCGAUUCCUCUCAAAGAGGUCUAUUGAUAGUGAGAAAUUAUGGGCAGUGAGAUUACUGACAGUGGCGUGUCUUUCUUUGGCUGCAAAAAUGGAGGAGACAAAUGCACCUGCUUUAUCAGAGUUUCAGAUUGAGGAAUACAAUUUUGAAAGCCAAGUAAUUCAAAGAAUGGAGCUUUUGGUAUUAAACACAUUGGAAUGGAGAAUGAUUUCCAUUACUCCUUUUGCUUUUCUUCAUUACUUGAUCAUUAAAUUCUGCAAAGACUCUCCAACAAGGCAUAUAGUAUCAAGGACUGUUGGAUUCAUCUCUGCUUUAAUGAGAGAGAUCAAUUUGAAGGAUCAUAGACCGUCUGCUAUAGCAGCAGCAGCCACCUUAAUGGCAUUGGAUCAGAGCUUAACAAGACAAGCUUUGGAGUGUAAGAUGAAUUCCAUUUCUUAUUCUGGGUUUCUUGAAAUUGAAGAUGUGUGUCAAUGCUACAAUCUAAUGCAAAAACUGGAAAUGGAGAACAUUAAAACACCAAAGCUUGUAAAUUCGCAGGUUGCCUCGCCUGCUGCUCAGUUGAGACCACUAGAUGUUGUAGAGAAUUCUUCAGUGACUUGUGCUAUUAGCACAAAGAGGAAAAGACAUGCAUUCGAUAAUUCUGAUAAAAAUUAUGGGUUAACUGAUGAGAAGAAAAGAUAAGAAAGAAACUGUGGUUUUAAGAGCUCAGUCAUUUUUUUUAAACUUGUCUGAUGAGUGGAUUUCAAUUAUUACUUGAUGGAUAUGACUUUGGAGUUGAUUGGAAAUGUUUCCUCAAGGAGAAUGAUCAUAGAAAAGAGAAAAGGAGAAAUAAAAAAGUGAAAUAAAAAGCAAAGCUUUGGGCUACAUAUGUAAAAGGUGAUUGUCAAUAGAUCAAUGGCACCGUCUGAAAAAGAAUACAAAGGCCUGAAGAGAGGUCAAGAAGGCUGCUUGUAGAACAGUCAGUUCAUACGCUCACUCAUAUGUUCAAUUCAUUUUUUUUUUCUUUCCUUUCUAUAUAUCCCUUUUUAGAAAAUUUCUUCUUUAUCAUAAUAAUAACAUUUUCUUUUACAUUUCUUUCUGGGUUUUUAACAAUAGGAUGCUUUGAAAAGACUGAUAGUAAUUAUGGAGUGAGAGGGGAAGAGGGCUGUGGUUUCUGUUUGUUUGAUUUGAUAAAUCUAUGCUGCAUGUUGGCCAUCCAAAAAGUAUUAUUGUGAAGGUAGAUGUGAUUGGAUUGGUUUGAAUGUCUGGGGUUUUGCCCUUUCAUAAGCUGGGGCCUGCUCUUUUUCCCCCGCAAAACCUUUGUUGGUUGUAUUGAAGUUGGAGUGGGCCAAGAACCCUACACUUUGCUUUUGGAAUCAAAAGGAAUUUAUUUUUUCUCUCUAUAUAUUGAUUUUCCUUCUC